AGCAGGCUGAUUAAGUUGUUUUCUCUUUUUUGCCCCAAAUGUCAGCUGAGAAAGCGAUAUGGAGACAUUUACACUAUCUGGGUGUGGCAUCGUCCUGUAGUUGUUAUUUCUGGAUUUCAUGCCAUAAAAGAAAGCUUGAUCAACCAUUCAGAAGCUUUUGUUGAUCGACCCCUUUCAACUUUUCUUUUAAAAAUAUGUAAAGGUAAAGGGAUUGCAUUUGCAAAUGGUCACACCUGGAAACAGCAGAGACGUUUUGCCUCAGGUGCUCUACGCAAGCUGGGACUGGGGAAGAAAGGCUUGCAGCACAGAAUAGAAGAGGAGGCCCAUCAGCUGGUGGAGAUCUUUGCGCGCACAAAAGGGCAGCCAAUUGAUCCUUUACUAUCCAUCAGUAAUUCAGUCUGUAACGUGAUUUGCCUUUUGAGUUUUGGAUACUGGUUCUCACAUGAAGACACAAAAUUCCAGAUGGCAAUAGAAGACAUUACUAAUUAUAUGAAAUUCGGAGGCUCCGCCUUCUUAUUGCUCUACGAAUUGUUUCCAUGGCUAAUGAAACAUCUCCCAGGGCCUCAUCAGAAGAUAGUAGCAUCCAUGGAGACAGGUAUGUUACUUGUAAAGGAAGAGAUGGAGAAACACAAGCAAGAUUUGGCCCUGCGUGAGCCCCAGGAUUUCCUAGAUCUCUAUCUUCUCCAGAUAGAGAAGGUAAGGAUCCCUUGGGGAAUUCUACUCGUGCCUGCUGGGCUCUGCAGGCAUGCCAAGAGGAUUUUCCGAACCUUCAAGAACAAUUCAGUCAGGACUGCUUUGUUCUUUGCCCAUAUUAAAGUCUGCCAGCUUAUUUAUUCAUACACAAACAAUAGUGUAUAAAUCUCUUUAGUUCAAUAUUAAUACUAUCACUGGAACUCUGCUAUCCAUUCUCAUAUCAGGAAGUCCUGAUGGGACUAAUAUUCUCAUUUCAACCAAGAGAACAGUUUGAGUGGCGGAUCUAAUACUUCUUGUUUUAAAUUUUAAAAACUACAUCAGUUAAAACUGGGGGAAAUUAAAACAGUAGAACCAGCAGAUGAGAUGUUCUAAGAAUGUGCAAAACCUGUUAAAUUCAAAAUACUUCAAGCUUGAAAUGGGUUAGACUGGCUUCACUGAAUGUGUUCUGGCACUGUUCCUAACUGGAAGUGUUCUGGAUUUGAAACUUUUCAAAUUCAAAAACACUGGCACACCUCUACUUGAUCCCAAUACCAACAAGAGCAUCAUAGGUGGAUGGACGGAUGGACGGA